UUAUGCUAUAAAUAUACUCUUGUCCUUUGAUUUACAUUUUAUAAUGCUUUUUUGUGUGCUAUAGUGCAAACUUGGAUGAGGAGGCACAGGCUGGUACCAGUUCACUACAGGUAAUGUUGGAUCACCAUCCUGUUGCUAUUACAGUGGAGGUGAAGCAAGAAGAAGACAUUAAACCACCUCCUCCACUGGUUUUAAAUUCUCAGCAGAGUGAUAUUUUAGAGCAAAGAGAAGAACAUGAAUUAGUACAUGUUAUGGAAAGAUCCUUGUCGCCUUCACUUUCCUCUGUUGAUGUGAGAAUGACAUCGUCUCCAUCUUCUAUUCCAAGGAGAGAUGAUUUUUUUCGCCAUGAGAAUGGAGAACACUUUAGGUCACUAUUAGGGUAUGAUCCUCAAAUCCUGCAAAUGUUGAAAGAGGAGCAUCAGAUAAUUUUAGAAAAUCAAAAAAACUUCGGAUUGUAUGUUCAGGAGAAGAGGGAUGGAUUGAAAAGAAGGCAGCAACUAGAGGAAGAGCUACUAAGAGCAAAAAUUGAAGUGGAGAAGCUGAAAGCAAUUUGCUUACGGCAUGAUCUACCUGAAUAUAAUAGUCUGUAAGAUUUUUUUUCAGUCUUACAAUUUGAUAAUUUUAAUUUUGGCCAAAUUUCUUUAAUUUUGGAAUCUCCUGAAGCAAAAUAUAUAUUCUUGAAAAAUGUUGUUAAUCUCUACUAUGGAAAAACUUUUUUAACAUGAUUUUCUAAUUAUUUAAUUUUCUUUUGAGACAUUAAAAUUUACUGAUCGAUUGGCA